UUAUUAUCAGCGCUCUUGAAAUCCUCCACAGUUAACUCAAGAUCGAGCUCGCUAUUGUUAACCCCGUCAUCAAAGAGAAGGGGUUGACAAGCAUUUGUAGUUGAGAUUAAAAGAAGAUCAUGCCCUAGCCUCUUUGUGUCCCACCACUGAUCACUUUCUGAUGGACUACAGACAGUUUGGUACACGGCUUAAGUCCCUUCAGUGUCGACCGGAGCUGUAGACAUGGCACACGGAGGAAAGACACGUGCUACAGAACGAUAGAUAUCAAGUUCGGAUUAUCAUGAUUGUUUGGAAAUGGAUACCGUACGCCUUGUUUUAGAGGGAGGGUUUCAUGACAAGUAACAACCAUAUAACGUCACCUGCAGCGAAUAAAACUUGCUACGUAUUUGAUUUAGACAGACAAAAGGACAUUGUGGGAUCUGAAUCCUAAAAGCACGAAAGAUCAGCCUUAUCGAGUAUUUCUUUGCAAAAAAUCAUUCAGCACGUUUCGAUGAUUUUCCGAAGGACAAGGGAAGAUAGCAAAGGAAAUACUUCUCUCUGUUAAUUUGCCCCCAAAAUAUUCUUCUUUUCUGGUGAGUCACCCAUACACUCGCAUCAUAUUGGCUUUACUGGGGAUAUUCAAAUACGCCGCACAGAGCAGUUUACUGGCAGUUUACCGUGCUAGUCGAUUCGAACAUCUUUAGCAGCCGCCACCAUCUUGCUUCGUUCGCUUCUGGAAAAUUAAUCUUGGAACUUGGCGACGGUGGUAUGUCACUAUGGAAAUAAUCGGAGGAUAAAUCUUCGGCUCUGUGAAGGGAACCACUCCAUAGCUCAAGAUGUCUCCAAUUAUGUCGCUAUCCGUUUUCGAAAUUAACAGACGAUACCAAAUACCGUUAAUGGCAUAAUGUAAUGAGCUGGAUAUGGGAAUCUAAUUGACUAAAAGGAUCAAUUACGGAACUACUUUAGCAGACAUCGGUUCUUGAAAAGUCAUCAUGUUCACUUCGAAUUCAUGACAAACCUUUUUCGGCCAGCAUACUCGUAACCGAAGUUCGUGAUCAUCAACCUCGUCGUUCACAUUGUAUUGUAGUAGUCGUACGGUCACUCGAUCACGAUGGGUCUUCUAAAGAAACGCUCGAGCAGCGGUUCGACACAGCCGAUGGUGAGGAGCGUAUCGCCCGACAUCGAGCUCAGCACCGUGAUGGACACGGAACUCGUUGCUAAGGCGUACGGCAAGCGUGACACGGAAGGGAAGAAACCACGAACCCGACGAUACAACCCCUUCCACCGCGCCUUUGAUUCUAGUGACAUGGAAACAUCGUAUCAGAAAUUCUUCGUCCGCCGUCGCCUGGAGACGCUCCCCGUCAUGAUCGCCUUCUCUUUCUUCUUCGACGUUGUCGUAUUAAUCAUCUACUAUCUUGAUCGCGCAAUCCCUAGCCGCGUCAUCGCUAUCUCCAUCAUGGCGAUCUGUGCCGUCACCAACUUGAUUCUGUUCUCCUUAUCGCGCUAUCGCCUCAUCUCGGACUGGUCGCUUACGCGCGUCAUGCCAUACCUUAUAUGGAGUCUGGUAUGCGCGCAGUCCUUCGUGGACUUGGGUCUAUAUUAUCAGCCGCUGAUGCCGAGUGAUGGGGCUGGCUGGCAAGUGUUUUUCAUAUUUGCCUCUUUCACCAUGUUACCUGUGCCUUUAGGAGCCAUGAUCCUCCUCAGUACUUUUGCCAUCACCGUACAUUGCCUCAUGGUCGGGUUGCUCUCCUUGGCUAACAAAGAAUACAUGGCUGAACAGAUCGGAGCAAACAUCUUAUUGUAUUUGUGUGCCAUCAUCUUGGGUUGUGUGUGUUACCUUGUAUCCGAUAAGCAGCAUCGUAUGGCUUUCCUGGAGACCAACGAGUCCCUCAAGACCAAGCUCACCAUCCAGGAACAGGCCGCACAACAGGAGGGACUGUUGCUCUCUGUACUUCCCAAGCAUGUUGCUGAUGCCAUGGUGAUGGAUGUUGGGAAGAAAAAUACUGGUCAGUUCAAUCGCAUCUACAUUAGACGGCACGAAAAUGUCAGUAUUCUCUUUGCGGACAUUGUUGGUUUCACGGCCAUGUCGGGCAAGAUGACCGCUCAGGAGUUGGUCAAGACACUCAAUGCCCUUUUUGCCAACUUUGAUAAACUAGCCGAGAAGAACAACCAGUUGCGUAUCAAAAUCCUGGGUGACUGUUACUAUUGUAUCUGUGGGGUACCUGAACAGCGGAUAGAUCACGCCGUCUGCAGCGUCCAGAUGGGUCUCGACAUGGUAGUCGCCAUCGCCGCUGUUCGGAAGAGUACCCAGUCGGGUGUGGACAUGCGAGUAGGCAUCCACACCGGGGCCGUGCUGGCGGGGGUGAUGGGACAGAAACGAUGGCAGUUUGAUGUGUGGAGUACAGACGUUGUGUUAGCCAACAACAUGGAAUCCGGCGGAGUACCUGGUCGUGUUCACAUAUCACAGACCACGUUCGACUGUCUGAAUGGAGAGUUUGACGUAGAGCCUGGUGAAGGAGACACAAGGAGUGACAGCAUCAAACAAGCAGGAAUCAAAACAUAUCUGAUCAAAAUCGUUAAAAACCAAAAUAAGCCUUUGAGUACGGGAGGACUAGAUCUGAAUGGUCACCUGGAUUCAGUGGAAGACACAGAUGGUCCUGCCAUGGAAAGUGUGCCUGAAAACUUUGAUAAGAUCAAGAAAGACGAGAUGGAAAAGGAAAACCAGUUCAAGGAUAAGAACAAAACAGUUUCUUUUGAACCGGAAGUAGAGGAGCGGGAGGAACAAAAGGAUGAAAACCAGAAACUUGAUGAAGCAAUUGCAGAGAGGGAAAGCAAUACGAAACUCGGUGAGAAGAUGUACUUCUUGUUACUGCGUUUCAAGGAUAAAGCAAUGGAAUCUCGUUUCCAACAAGGAAAAGAUCGGAUGAGCGCUGCCGGUAUAUCUAGUGCCCUCGUCGUUGUAUUCUUUGUAUUCUUAGUACAACUUCUAAUGUUACCAAGAACUGCAAUAAGCAUCGCAACUUUCUGUGUGUGUUUCGUCGUUCUCUCCAUCAUAACCUAUGUCUCUCUUGCACCGAGCUUCAAGAAAAGCUAUCCAUCCAUUCUCAUCAAAUUGGCAACGUUUGUUGAGCGCACGCCAUGGGCAAGGAUUAUGUGUGCAACCUUCAUCAUUGCCUUGGUGUCUGUAACGGAUAUUGCAGACGUGUUGACAUGCGUUGAUGAGUCAUCUGAUAAUGUCACCAAUCUCAGUCCAAGAGAUCUUCGUUGUUUGAAUCCACACUACUUCAAUUAUAUGCUACUACUUGUCAUGGCUGUAAUAACCACCAUGUUCCAGAUCACUCACAUUGUUAAGUUUCUCCUCACCAUCAUCAUUACUGCAUUCUAUUGCAUCCUCAUGAAUGUCAUCAAACCCAUCCUCUACAACCGCCCUGAUGACUUCCUUGAGGAUAGCAUGCCAUCCACAGAUCACAAUGAAGUAGCUAGUCGGAUAGCUAACACCGUCCAGCUUGUUGUUGUCGCAGCUGCUCUCAUCUAUUUUAAUUCUCACCUUGAGGUAACGUCACGGCUGCUGUUUUACUGGAAGACAGAAGCGAAAGAACAGAAGGAAGAGGUGGGGAGAAUGCGAGUCAAGAACGAGAACCUGGUCCUGAACAUCAUGCCUGAACAUGUGGCUAAACAUUUCUUAGGCAGUAAGAAGAGUGAGGAGGAACUGUAUGCUCAGAGCUACACAGAGUCUGGUGUUAUGUUUGCAUCUAUGCCAAACUUUUCUGACUUCUACUCUGAAGAUGCGAUCAACAACCAGGGCACUGAAUGCCUUCGAUUCCUCAACGAAAUCAUCAGUGAUUUCGAUGAUCUUCUCAAUGAGCCACGGUUCAAGUCCAUUCUCAAGAUCAAGACCAUCAACAGUACUUACAUGGCAGCAUCUGGAGUGUUUCCUAACCCGGAAGAGAUUCACUACCGUGAUGACAUGGAGAGAUGGCAGCAUCUAGCUGACCUGGUCGAUCUAGCCUUCUCAAUGCGCAAUACACUGGAUACCAUCAACGCACAGAGCUUUAAUAACUUCAUGCUCAAAAUAGGUAUCAACCACGGGCCUAUUUUAGCCGGAGUGAUCGGAGCAACCAAACCUCACUAUGAUAUCUGGGGAAAUACUGUCAAUGUUUCCAGUAGGAUGGAGAGCACGGGACAACCAGGAAAAAUUCAGGUUGUGGAAGCAUGUAUGAACAUCCUGAAGAGAUACGGCUUCAAAUUUGAAAAGCGUGGACUCGUAAAGGUCAAAGGUAAAGGUGAACUGAUGACGUAUUACUUGAUAGGGAAAGACGAAACAGUCAGGAAUGAUAUGGACAAUUCCAUUCCAAAUAUGGUGGUUGCCUCUUAAUUCUCCCUUCUAGUGUCAUGGAAGGGAAGAAUAAAAUGAGGCUUGGACGAUUCAAUUGUACUAAGAGGAGUGUUGCAAAUGCAAGCAAGUGCUGCUGAGAUGAGAGGAACUGUAAUGAAAGAUAUAGUUGGCUGUGUCACCUUUUUUUGCAAUGCCUGUGAGCGUUAGCUGAGGAUUCAACAAUAAAUUGUGGUACAGCUUUUCUUGGAAACUAUUUAUUUACUACAUAUAGAUGCUCAAGUAUAUCAAAAACAUUCCGUGUAUGUCAUACUAUGUAUAAAAGACCCUUAGAGGAGUGAUAUUGAAAAUAAAUUUGAUAUGAUCAUUUUUGUUUCAUGAUAUUGAGUUGUGAAUCUGUGUUUUUCAGACAAUUGACAAUAAUUGUACAUGAAAAUGUAAACUUUUUGUGUGUGCCUAUAGCAUUUCUUAAGAUUUAUCAAUAUCGCUUCUAUUUGUAUGUUGUUAUUUUGAACUUUAAGUUUAUUGAAUUGAUAUAUAUUAUUACAUAUUACUAUUUUUCAAUCUGUUUCAUUCUUCCCAAUUUGUUGAACUAUUCCAGUUGGAUUAGGUGUGCUUUAGAACUUGUAAAAAAUACACAAAUACAAAACAGAUACUAUAGAAAAAUGUGCUGCCGAAGAGGUUAUAUAUUUUCUUGUUAUUCUCUUCCCCAAUAAAUGAGUAUGGCUACGUUAUGUCUUUCAGUAGUUUCAUGGCAGUCAGUCAUUAUAUGCACCUGCACAUUUUUGCCAACAUUCACUGUUUUUCCGACCAUUGUGUAGUGCUUCUGUACUUGUAUUCUGUCUUUGUUUCUUUAUAAUUGACAUUUUAUCAGAGAACAAAUCAUGUAAGGGCAUUAUAGUAAUCAGGGGGAGGGGGGGGGCAAUCUGUAUGUAUUUCAUUAUUCCAUUUACAGAUGUGAGCAUUAUUAAUCCUUUCAUUGCCACAGAUUUGGUUUGGCUGCCCCUCCCCCUGAUAAAGUAAACAUAUACCCAUGUUAAUGAGUAAAAUACAAAUUGUAAUUGUUUUAAUUCUAUUUACCAAGAGGGGUAUAACUAACCUUGUAAAUGAUUGAUAUUUUGGGAAUGGGGUAAAAAUCUGCCGAAAUAAUAGAAGGCCUGAAUGGCAGCUCUACAAAGUCAUAAUGUAACAUUACAAUAUUUCAAAAAAGGAUGUCAAUGUACAAAAACAAA